AUGUCACAACAACGCAAAUUCCUGACAACUGUGGCAUUUUUAGCCUUUAUUGGCAUUUUCAACAGCCAUGUUAUUCGUGGGCAACAAUUUAAUCUUGAAAACAUUAAUUUAUGGGCUGACCAAAUUGGAAAUGAAUUAAAUCGAAUUGGAUAUGAAAUUUUAGAUUUGAAUAAAAUUGAGAAUAUAUAUCAAAAGCAAGAUUUAUAUGUUCAGAAUUUGAAUGGAUCAUUUCUCAUCCAACAGCUUGCUAGAAAUUUACGUGAAACAUUCUCUACUAAAGUUGCGGCUCUUCAGAAUCUGGUCGAUGCUGUUCAAAUAUUAGCUAAUGAUAAAUUGACCAACUUGACGGAGUUAAGACAGCUACAUUACUAUGACUCUUUAAGUUCUAAUAUAACCAGCGAACUGACUAUGACAUACAGCACGAAAUUUAAGACGCUUAUUAAUUCAAGUCUGAGUGUUAUUCAAAUUCCUACCAAUGUUUAUUCCGGAAGUCGCAGUAUUUUGGCAACAAUUGAAUAUACAAAAAAUCUUAAUGAUUAUUUUAUUGAAAACUACAAUAAUGAUCCAAACUUAAGAAACCAGUAUUUUGGUGGGAAUGACGGAGUUUUUCGCACAUUUCCAGGAAGACCAUGGCCCAAGGAUGAAAGUGGGAUCGUCUUAUACGAUUGCCGACAACGUGGAUGGUAUAUUUUAGGUUCGGAUUCUCCUAAGAAUGUGAUUAUCUUGAUUGACAGAAGUGGCAGUAUGAGAGGAAUGCCGUUAGCAAUUGCUAAGUGGGGUACAUCCAAUCUUCUUGAUACAUUGAAUCAGAAUGAUUUUUUUACUAUCCUAACGUUUAACGAAAGUAUAACUCCAGUAAUUGAUUGCUAUACAAACUUAAUUCAAGCUACUGAUGAAAAUAAAAAGCUGUAUAAAACCUAUCUUGAAAAAUUUACCGAUGGUGGUCGGGCGGAUUUCAACCAUUCUUACGCUAUGGCAUUUGACUUGCUGCAAAAUGCAAAAACACAAUCAUUUCGUCAUAGUGCAAAAUGUCAGGAAGCGAUUGUUUUAUUUACUGAUGGCGCUGCUCAGUACACUGAAAAAUUACUCGCAGAAAGAAAUAGCGAGAAAAAGAUUCGCAUUAUUACAUUUGUCGUUGGUCCUCAAUUUUAUGACACCGUUCCUAUCGAAAAAUUGACGUGUGAAUAUAAUGGUUUUCUUGGUAAGAUACCCAGCAUGGGCGAAGUUGGAGACGCUAUUCGGCAAUAUACAGAAGUUAUGAAUAGACCACUAUUAAACGACAAAAACCAUCCGGUAAAAUGGACAAGCGUAUAUUGGGACAAACUGGGAAUGGGACUGGUAACCACUGCUGUAAUGCCAGCAUUUAGAUUUAAUUUAACUGCGAGUUUAAACCCUGAACAACUCUUGGGAGUUAUGGCUACGGAUGUUCCCAUCGAAAUGUUUCAGCAAUGUGUUCCUCAGCACCUACUUCUACCUAAUGGAUACGCAUUUGUGAUCGAUAAUAAUGGUUUAGUUUUGUUUCAUCCGGGUAUAAGAGCAACGCUUCGUAAAGCUAUGAUUGAUAGAUUAUCAGGCUCAAUGACUAUGGAAACUAAGCUUUUGUACAGAAAUUAUGAAAAGGGGCAAGGAGUCGUUAAAAGGAUGACCUAUCACUUCAUGCCUGUUGUUAAUACCAGCUAUAGCGUGGCUAUCGCCAUUGAAGAUAAUACUGGAAUACCAAUAUCUAAUUCAUGCUAUAGUAAAGGUCUAGAAUAUCUAAAUAAUAUGACAAAAAGUGAAAUAACAACUAAAAUACUAGACUGGUUACAUUGUCAUGGUGAUAAUUUACAUCAAUCAAGCAAAUAUGAUAAAAAAUUUUCUAAAAACUGCUAUCACGAAGUUACUGGAGGCCUCAUCAAAAGCAAACAGGAUUUUGAUAAAUACUGUAAUCAAGCAUUGUUCAAGCAGCUUCUACAAGAUGCUCAUUCCGUGGAUACAUUAAAGCCUCCUCAACCCGCAUUACAAGAUGAUGCAGUUGCAAACCGUGAAGGUAUUUGUGACACGUUUAUUAGUACCUUCUCUGGAUUGACAAAAUAUUAUACAUUGAUCAGUGGUCAGCGUUGCUGUAGCAUCCUUGGAUCACGCCAAUGCCUCGAGAAGGGCAAAGAGUUCGAGGAAUCAGUGGUAACAAAGUCAGUUGCUAUUAAGAGAUUGACAUAA